ACAGCUCUUGAGAAGAUCAGAAUUAUAACAGAUUCCAGCGAAAGGACGCAUCGCGGAAACGAUACGCUUCAUAAUGGUGGAUACAAGGGGCCUGGCUCUGGUUGUUCUGCUCGUAUCAAGAUGCGUUGUCCAUGCGAUUCCUAUUCCAACGGAUGAGGCGGAAUACGUGACAAACGCGCCCGCCGGAAACGGUCUGACGAUAGCAACAGGCGACGCGUGUACAAACUGUCUGAAUACCGACGACGACGAUGAAAUUAACAUUCCAAAUUUCGUUCGUUUUGCCCCCGACAUCAGAGGCAUUCCGAAUGAAUUUGAAUAUGGCGACAAUAGUGGAUCCGCUGCUGCAUACAACGACCCGCCAAAGCGAGAAUUUCUGAGCGCGGGCAAGAGGAGGAGAUUCCUAACCGGAAUUGGCCCGAAUAGGGUUGAAAUCGUGGCACUGGGGAAACGAAUUCCCCACAACUGCGAACUGGCGAAUAUGACCUUAAGAUUGUUGAUGAAAUACUUUAGCAUAGGCUUAGUCUGCGGCGUGAGGGUCAGAGUAAUUCGUCCUGGGAGAAUGGCCGGGAAGUGAGGAGUUUGAAAAUUUGGAGCAUUGUGAUGCAACGGGGAAAAAAGGCACUAAAAGCAUUUUUAUUGUACGCGUUGGAUCUUGAGCAAGACACUCGAAUUUGUCACAAUUUUAAACAAUGUAUACUUUUGUAUAAAACUUGUAAUAUCAACUAAAACACGACAACUCGAAUAAAACGCAUAUUGCACCUUU